UCCAUCAGCUAUGGUUUCAUCAUGGUCUGUGGGCCCCUGUCUGGGAAGCUGACAGUCAGGUACGGAGCCAGAGAGAUAUCCAUCCUAGGAUCCCUCAUCAUCAUGAUCUCCACAGUGUGCUCCUCCUACGCACCCAAUCUAGGAACACUGUUCUUCACACACGGCUUCCUCACUGGAGUGGGCUCCAGCUUUGCCUUCACCCCAGGUAUGAUCAUGGUCAGCCAGUACUUCACCACCAAGCGUUCCCUGGCCACGGGGAUAGUGAUGUCAGGGGGAGCAGCAGGGGCCCUGGUCCAGACUCGGCUCCAUCUGUUCCUCAUAGACAUCCUGGGUUGGAGGCAGAGUCUCCGAGUCUUCUCAGGUCUCAUGAUUAUUUGUGUCAUCACCGGCUUCACCUACCUGCCACUCAACCCCAAAGGUUACACAAGAAGUGUGGUGGAUAAUUUGAAGAACUCUCCCUUGAAGAAGUUUGUUGUGGACCUUGGCCUGUGGAAAGACAAAAUAUUUCUGAUAUGGGUUGCAGCCAAUGGACUUGUGUAAAUUUGGAUUCUUCAUUCCAUAUGUCCACUUGGUGAAGCAUGCAGUUCAGCUGGGCAUCCCCGUCCACAGUGCCACUAACAUCAUGCUGUUCCUAGGCUUGACUAGCAUGAUCAGCCGGAUCAUCUUCGGCAGGAUCUGUGAUUCAGAGAGAAUCAACAGGCUCUACAUCAACCAGGCCUCUGUCUUCGGUGUGGGUCUGCUGUACAUGUUGAUCCCAGUGCUCCAUUCCUACGGCUCUCUGGUGGCCUUCGGCCUGUUCCUGGGGAUCGCUGAUGCUGGCAACUACAUCCUGCUCCCUGUCCUGACCUUUGACCUGAUGGGGGCCGAGAAGAUGCCCGUGGCCUGGGGGUUCAUGCUCACGGUCAACGCGGUCAGCUGCUUGGGGCCGCCCUUUGCUGGUAGGUUGACCGCAGCUGACGUUAUUGUUGUAACAGUACUUAUUCUUACGUUGGAGGAGUGUAAGCCAUGUUAG